CCGCCGACUGGCUCAGCUGUCAUCUGGAUGAAAGAAGAAACCACUUACACCGACCGUCUGUGAAAUGCAGAAAAAGUAUAAACGCUGAAAUAUGGCAACAUCAAAACGAGGUCAUGACGCCGAACUGAAGGAUUAAAAAAAAAAAUUGGUGAAAGCCUAAACCUACUGAAUAUUUACUGGGUGUCCUAAAUGGGGGACUACGGGUUUGGAGUUCUGGUGAAAAACAGCAGUGGUAACAAAUCUGCUUUCCCUGUAAGGAUCCCUCCACUACUCCAACCCCAGCACCCUCACCAUCCCUCCAACCCUCCAAGCCCCCCCUCCUUUGUAAACAACACCUGCUCCACCAAUGGGGGAAGUGGUUGGCUGUUCCCUGCAGUAGCCCAACAAAGUAGCAUGCAAGAUGAGAUUCUGGAGUCGGACAAGUCCAAGGCUUUAGACCUCCAGGAAAUGCAGGAAAAGUCUCAGGUCCAGGCUCAGCCUCAGGCCCUCUCUCCAGGCCAGCAGGAGGCUGGUGCUUCCUUAGGAGAUCAGGAGGGAGCUCUUCCUGAAGACAACUUAUUGGAGAAAGGUUCUCUGGAGAGCAGUGGUGGGAAGGAGAAGCUAAGGAUGGAGUCACCAGUGCUAAGUGCGUUUGAUUACCAGGAUACCCUGGGAAUGGGUACAGGGUGCACACAGUCCCCCACUUCCUCACUGACGAGCUUCAACAACUGGUCCCCUGCUGUUCCUUGUACCCAGUCUCCAGUGGUAGGUGAUGAUGUUGGGGGCUUCUUUGGGCCUGCUGGCUCCAAUGGCAAUGCACCUCCCCUGCUGUUCCAGAGCUUCUCCCACCACGCCGGGCCUGGCUUUGGUGCAGGUGGCAAUUUUUCCCCACAGAUCGGACCAGUCUCCCAGCACCAUCCUCCCGCACCCCAGCCCCCGCCCUAUCAUCCUCACGGACAAGGCGUUCCACCGCAGCACCGGCGCUCUCCGGCAAGCCCUCAUGCUCCUCAGCCCUCCUUUCCUCCGCACGCUCAUCGGACCGGAGGCUUCCCCCAGCUGCCCCACCUCACUCCUGCCCAGAGCAAACACCCUUCACCCUGGGGAAGCUUCCAGAGCCCCCCCACACCCACAUCAACCACCUGGAGCCCGGGCAGCUAUGGAGGCUGGGGGGGCACACAUGGGGUUCGAGAAUACCGACGUGGUGUAGGUGGAGGAAUGACUGGCCUUAACUCCAUCUCUCCGCUAAAGAAGUCCUUCCCCAACAGUCAGGUUCCUUCCCAGAAGUUUCCCCGAAAUAACUCUGGCUUCAAUCACAAGGGUUGGGUGGAGGAUGCUGUGACCCGCAGUGAUAAUGUCUACCCUUUCCAGCAAGAGAGAACCCGCUCCUUUGAUGGUUUCAACAUGCACUCUCUGGAGAACUCCCUGAUCGACAUAAUGAGGGCUGAACAGGAUUCCUUGAAAGGACGCUUCAGCUUCUCUCACCAGGGUGGAGAUGGGCCUCUGCCUAUGAAUGCGAGAAGCUAUGGCAGAAGACGAGGCCAUUCCUCUCUGUUCCCCAUGGAGGAUGAGCGCUCUUUUGGGGAGGAUGAGACCACUGACCAGGGGCUCGGGGGACUUGGCUCGGCACACUGUUUCCCUCACCUGAAUGGGGAGCGCAUAGAACGCUACUCUCGCAAAGUGUUUGUCGGAGGGCUGCCCCCAGACAUAGACGAAGAUGAAAUUACAGCCAGUUUUCGUCGUUUUGGUCACUUGUUUGUUGACUGGCCUCACAAGGCAGAGAGCAAAUCCUAUUUCCCCCCAAAAGGAUACGCCUUCCUGCUCUUUCAAGAUGAGAGCUCUGUUCAGGCUCUGAUCGAUGCCUGCAUCCAAGAGGAUGGGAAACUGUAUCUGUGUGUCUCCAGCCCCACCAUCAAAGACAAGCCUGUCCAAAUCAGACCCUGGAACCUAAAUGAUAGUGACUUUGUGAUGGAUGGCUCUCAGCCUUUGGACCCAAGGAAGACCAUCUUUGUAGGAGGUGUCCCUCGCCCUCUACGAGCAGUGGAGCUGGCCAUGAUCAUGGACCGUCUCUAUGGUGGAGUGUGCUAUGCUGGUAUUGACACUGACCCUGAACUGAAAUACCCUAAGGGGGCAGGGCGAGUGGCUUUCUCCAAUCAGCAAAGCUACAUUGCAGCCAUUAGCGCCAGAUUUGUUCAACUGCAGCAUGGGGAGAUUGACAAAAGGGUGGAAGUGAAGCCAUAUGUGCUGGAUGACCAGCUGUGUGACGAGUGCCAGGGCACACGCUGCGGGGGGAAGUUUGCGCCUUUCUUCUGCGCCAACGUGACCUGCUUGCAGUACUACUGUGAAUACUGCUGGGCGGCCAUCCACUCCCGGGCCGGUCGCGAGUUUCACAAGCCCCUGGUGAAGGAAGGUGGCGACCGACCGCGGCAUAUCUCCUUCCGCUGGAACUAAGGCAAGGGAGAGAGAACCUAGGAUUAGGGAGGGUCUGAGAGAAAGGGGUAGCUAAGGAACGGGGUUAUUGGAUGACCUAUGAUAUGAAAAAUAUAAAUGCACUUUUCUUUUAAGUUAAAAAAAAAAAUCUACUUAAUUUUUGUAUUUUUUUAAAUUGGGCCCUCCAAAUGGUAACUGCUAAGAAAAGAGUAAAAUCCCAUUUAUGUUGUGACUUAAAGUGUGCAUGAACAUAUGAAUGCAUUCUUUUUGGAUUUAGAUGUUUUCUUACUUGACUGUAGUUUUGUUUGGUGUUAGCUGGCAAAGCUGCUUACAUUUGUUAUCAAGAGUAACAAAAUUUAAUUAAGAUUCAUCAUAAUACCUAAAUCAGUAUACUGACUAUGGAAGCUACAUUACAGAGAGCAUUUUUUUUUUUUAUUUAAUUUUUUUGUGCAGAAUUUGAGAACAAGUACCAUUUACCAAAGUUUGAGUUGGAUUAGAAUAGAGGAGGAAAGAUUGUUUUAGAUGCUGAGUUGAUUUGUCUGGAAGCUGGCCAACGUCACAUCAGUCUCCCCUGCGUCUGGCAAAAGCUGCGCUUGUAUCGCUUUCAAUUGUUUGAGGUCUCUGAUUAAAGUUGACGCUUUGUAACAGGAAAGGGCAAACCAAAGAUUGGCAUGAAACGCAUUGUCGAGAGCAGACGUCAACGCGGGGUUAUGGCGUCCUCUCGUCACGCGGCAGAGGAAGUACUGGUAGUCUUCUGGAGUUUAAGCUCAUUAAGGCUCAGCCCUCGCGGCUCAGGUAUUGGCAGUAGUAUUUGCUCGCUUUAUAUUGUCAGGGAUAUUAGCACUGGAAGCUAACAUGCUAAUGUAGUACGAACUAUGGGAAUGCACAGUCCAUUCUCCCUGAGCUGUCUUCAUGGUGUACCACUGCACGCUCUACCUGGAUUGGGGCUUCUCUCACUAAUGUUGUGAUUGGAUAUGGUUGUAGCUCAAAUUUGCUGUCACAGAGAAACAGAUAUUAUUUUAUACAUGGCCUGCUGAUUUUUGUACAGCGUUUUAUAGCUGAUUAUUUUGUCAUGGACAUAUAUACAUUUAUUAUGCACUACUUUUCUAAAUAUUUUUUUCAAUAGUCAUUUAAGGCACAUUUUUCACAGAUGGGAGAACUCCUUUUGCAAUACCUCAUUUUUUUUCACUUGAUGAAAAAUAAUUUUGUACCUUUGUUACUAAGAGAUCUGCAAUUAUGGUAAACUUAAUUUAAGAAAAGAAAAUGAAUGAUAAUAUAAUUUUCAAUUAGCUUUUAUAUAUUUAAGUGCUGGUAAAUCUGAACAUUGUCUGGUGUAUUGGUGUGAUUCUGGAGCUUCAAAAUAGGCUGUCAUUAGCCAGUCAUACAUGCGUAGAUUCUCCUCUGCCCUGAUUAACAUUAUUACGGGAUCCUAAGGCAUGGCAAGACCUUUGUAAAAGAUUUUGAUAGUCUUGAAAAUACAUAUAUAUUCUGGUAUUUCACUCGUAGGUGUAGUUGAUAUGAUUAUGAGUAAAAUAAAUGUUUUGGCUACGGUCAACAUGUCAUCCUUCUAUCACCUGAGUGGGUUUGAAUAUUUAGCUCCUCUUUCUGGGACUGCCUGUAAGUUCUACUUCUUGGCAUGCAUACCGUAAUUAUGUACUACAGAAACUACAUGGCUAGUGAUAAUGCAGGACCUAAUGAUCUAAUGCACUGGCGCUCCUUCCUUUUCAUUGUCUCUUGGAGAUCACCUCUCUCUACACGAUGGAGUCUGCCUUCCUAACACAGAAAUGUUUAUGCAAUCUACACUAUGACAACACUUUUGUAAUGUAGAGAACACAUGGUGUAGUACAUAGGUGAGAAGACUUGAUGAUUUGACCCCUUUUGUGAUGUGGCAUGCUUUGGGACAUAUCCUGAAUGUGAUGUAAUGUUGCAAGUUAACUGUGAGCCAUUAUGUGCAAUACUUAUUUUUCUUUCCAAAAGCAAGUCUUCGCAGUCAGUCAUUCAAUCCAUAAAUCAUGCAGUCAUAUUAUCGUUCCCUCCUUUUUGUUCCCUCAUUCGGAUGUCUGCGAGACAUAAAUAUAAUAUAUAUAUUAAAAAAGCUAAUUUAUAUAUGAAUUUAUUUUUAAACAUUUAGUUUUGUGCUUAUGUACUUAUUUUGCUACUACCAUGCAACUGUGAUUGAAAACAUUGUAUAAACAAGAUUGAUAAUGUAUUACAUUUGCUAUAUUUUCAAUUGAAAUGUAUGACUAUGAAUUGGAUCAGAUUUUUGUUAUAUUUUUGGGUGUGUUUAACUUGAUGUCUAGUUUUUCUAAUUGCUGUUUUGUGCUCUGCAUUUUCAGAUGCAAUUGAAUAUGUCCCUUAGUAUUACUUGAUUGCAAAUGUUCAAUAGUUUUUAAUUGUAUGCUGGGAAAGUUAUAUUUAUUAACUUUUUUUUUUACCUAAUAUAAUUUGGAUUUUUAUUUAGUAGUUUCACAUUUAUAAUUUGGAUUUUUAAAUAAUUUCACAUUUAUACACAAGUUCUAAUUUUUAUAUUUUCCUCCAGAUUAUUAUAUGCUACAAUACAGACAUCUGUUUUGAUUGCUGAUUUGUAGAAGUGAAGUAAAAACAAAGAUCCAAUGUCAUUCAUUAGCUGCCAACCUUGUUUAACUGUCUGCAUACAUUUGAAGUAUUUGUAACGUGCGAUGUUGAAUGAAUAAAAGAGCUGUGAGGAAGAA